CUUUUGGGUUGCGAGUCCGGAGGCCUUUCCCUGCGGAUGAAGGCGAUACCCUCAUCCCUUCUUUCCAGGGCGGAGGAACCCCGUGCCCCGCCCCUUCCCUGUCAUCUCCGACGGACGCAGAGACUUCCUGAGGAGGGCGCAUCACAAUAGGGGAUAAGGUGGUGGGAAGCCUCCCUCUGGGUGAGGAGUAAGACCCCACUAAUGUGCUGCGUGGUUUUAUGCUGUAACCGUUUUUUACGUAUGAAAGCUUUGUUUUCCCAAAACUUGCACGGAAAAGGUUCUGAUGUCUUUCUUCUUAAGAUGCAGGUGCCCUGACACCCUUAUCUUUGGGAAUGGGGUGGGGGAAGGUGAGACAUCGUUUAGUAAUUUGUUAGUGUGGGCUACUGUGACUGUCCCUGGGCCUCACAGAUUUCUUGCUUCUCCUUUCUCAGUAUUCUGAGUCCAUGAUGAAAAGUCACUUGUCCAGACGUGCUGAAAGAUACAGCUUCACUUGCUUGUGGCUUUGUGCACUUAGCAAACAAGAUUAUUUUAUGAAGAUGUAUUAUAUUUCAGAAUUUUCAUGCUUUUUAUUUAAAUUAGCAAUCUAAAUGCAACAGCACACGAUAUUGAUUGUAUUCGGACAACUGAGUUCCUUCCGACCUCUCUCCUCCCAAUCCCCAACUACACGAAUUUGACCAAAAUCUUUUAGAGAGGGGUUAGGAAUACAUUUUCAAUGAAAGAGACUGUAGAAAUCGGAAUAAGAGAUAUAAUAAUGCAGCCAUAAGGGCCAAAAGAGUUGAAGGGCUAAAAGAUUGAAGUUCAGGCCUGAAAUCCAGACUCAGUUGUCAUUUGAAUAUAAAGCUGAAAGCAGUAAAAUACUUGGGAUGGGAUUUGAAAGUGGACUAAGACUGUUAAAAAAAAAAAGUGAGAAGAAUUAUUUCUGAUAAGAUAAAUGUGUUUUAUAAAUUUUCCGAAGAUUUCUCAGCGUGUAUGACCUAACUGCUAUUAGGUCAAUACGUGCAAAAUAGGAGGGGAGGUUCUGAAGCAUGGAAUGUGGUAAGGAACCACCAGAGUAACAGUGUUCAAUCAGGAAAGCUUUUAGUGUUUCAAUAAUGUUUUUGUGUUCUUUCACCUUUUUUCUUACUCUCAAAAAAGCUUUCAAAUGGACUUUUAUCCCUCUAAUUAUGUUACUCUUCCCACCAGUCUGAAUUUUCUUCUUUCUAAGCUGUGUGAAUUUUAAAAAUUAUUAACUAUUGAUUUGCAAACCACUGUGGUCUUCUUUUGGCUUUUUAUAAUAAGUGACUUAGGGAAUUAUGGAGGUGAUAUGGAAAAUAUUAUGCACCUUUCAAAGCCAUAGCAUGAGCAACAAACUCACAUGCCUUCGGGUACUAGUCAGAAAAUUAAAGGGAGGGAGCUGCACUAUGCCUUGUCAGAGAGACAUCCAAUUCUCAGGUCUACCUAAUCAGUGCCAUAUAUAAGUAUGGACCCCAUCUUCAGCAUUCUCAAGAGAACCCAGAAAUCUAGAUUUUUGCAUGCAGUGUCUUGCUUUUUAAUAAUAUUGACAACUGUUGUCAUUGGGCACAUCCUGUUAAAAGAAAAAAGAAGAAAAAAUAUUGACAAUUAAAACCAUUAAAAAUACUUUGCAGCUGAAUCAAACCCAAACCUGUCUGUAGUUGUUUUCGGCUCUCCAGUUUAGAAGCUCUGCUAUAGAUCAGAAUUCAUAAAUUUUAUGUCUGGAAAAAAAGGUUUAAAGCAAGUUUGAAGUUUCAGACUUAAGGGGUCUUGGGAAAAAUGUCACAUCUAGUUGAAAACAGUAGUUAAGUUUAAUGGCUGUUAAGUAUAGUAGGGCAAAUUGAACUAGUAUUUACUAUAAUGUUUUAACUGUGGAAAUAACUGAAGAAAAAAAGUCUCAAUAUUUAUGGUUUAAUAACUCAGUUCUGAGCAAAGCUGAUUUAUAGGUAUCUUGUACAGAAAUUGGAUUAUUUAGAAGCUCUUUAUUGCACUUGCAGCUAAUAUGUAAAAUUAAAUACAAGAGACCCUCUACAGUCCAUCUCAGGAUUUGAAUGUUUAUUGUUUGCUGUGCUAUUCCACAUUGUCUUCCUAGGCAUUGACUUUUACCAGAAUUAAAAUUACUGGAUUUUAUUCCAUGCCAGAUGGAGGUUGGAAGCGUUUGGCAACAGGAUGGAAAGAAAUAGGUGGAGAAAGUGUGAUGUGAAGCAAAUGCUCUUGUGCCCCUUCCUUACAUUGUUCAUUAAAAGAUUGAUUUGUGUUAGUUUUUCUUGUAAGAAGAAUAGGUACAUUAAUUGAUUAAACUUAGUGCCCUAUACAUAGUACAGUUCAAUAACAUGAGUGGAAUUGACCUUUGCGGAUUAAGCCUCAUUUACCCAUUAAUGUGAAGUAAUUUAAUCACAUAAUCUGAUUCAUACCUAGUUGGGUUAUGGGGAAUGGGAGUGCUAGAGGUCAAACCUAAGUAAGAGGUGGUUUUUAGGCAUAUAGAGGGCAAGUUGAGGGUCCUCACUGGGGAUAAGGGUGAGAAGGAGGUUAGGUUAAGUAAGGGAGAGAAUUUUGAAAAGGAAGAUGCAUUGAUUAAAACCCACUUGUAUAUUGUGCAGUUUUACAAAGAGGUCCACCUUUUAUAGCUGAAUGUAUCAUAACUUGUUCAGAGACUACAUAGAAUACUGGUUUUUAAUCAGGACUGCUUUGGGAAUUUGCAGACUUGAUUUUCUUCAUUUUAGCUCAGUCAUCUCAGGUCAAGCUAGGCUAAUAACUCUCCAUCCAAUCCCUGCUUCUCUCUGACAUAGGAAAUGAAAGAAGAGGAGAUAGUAUUAUGUUUGUGAGGUGCUCCUGUUGAAGAGUUUUACAAUUAUUUCUGAAGAAUUUGUUUUAUAUUUGAGAAGAUUGUGCUUGUUGAAGGGGGAACCAUUGUUUUCGUCUCUAGGUGUUUCUGCCAUGACUCAUAAAGUACGAAGUUCUUUUUUGGAAAUAGCUUUCCCCCUUCUUCCCAUCCCGAGUUGCAGUCCCAAAGGAGGAUUAGGGGAGGCUAGGGGAAGGGAUUGAGUAUACUUUUGUUCAGUGCCUUAUGAUUCAGUUUUUGAGACUCCCAAUUCUUAGGAUGUACAUUGUCUAUUCAUUUGUAUGGUAGGCUUGUCUGAGCAGGCUGGACUACUGUGAGGGAGAAGGAAAUGGCACAUCUACAGUUCUAACUGGGUUAUGGGUGCCACAUGUGUGCUUUCAGAGCAGUAGUGUGAGGAAGUUUGGAGUGGGAUGGCAGGACGGCCUCAUCCCUAUGAUGGUAACUCCAGUGAUCCAGAGAAUUGGGAUCGGAAAUUGCAUAGUAGACCUCGUAAACUUUAUAAACAUUCAAGGUCUUUAUUUAGACAUUUCUCCCUCAGAGGGUUCUACCUUGACCAUUCAAAAUGUACUUCCUCGCGUGUUGCUAAAGGAGCAGUUGAUCACACCAAAAUGAGUCUACAUGGUGCUAGUGGAGGACAUGAAAGAUCAAGAGAUAGACGAAGGUCAAGUGACAGAUCACGAGAUUCAUCUCAUGAAAGAACAGAGUCUCAACUCACUCCUUGUAUUAGAAAUGUGACUUCUCCAACACGGCAGCACCAUGUUGAACGAGAAAAAGAUCACAGCUCCUCUCGUCCAAGCAGUCCACGUCCUCAAAAAGCAUCCCCAAAUGGUUCCAUUAGCAGUACUGGGAACAGCAGCAGAAAUAGUAGUCAGUCAAGUUCAGACGGUAGUUGUAAGACAUCUGGGGAGAUGGUGUUUGUAUAUGAAAAUGCAAAAGAAGGAGCUCGGAAUAUAAGAACGUCAGAACGAGUGACGCUAAUAGUGGAUAACACUAGAUUUGUUGUAGACCCAUCUAUUUUUACUGCACAGCCAAAUACAAUGUUGGGCAGGAUGUUUGGAUCUGGCCGAGAACAUAACUUUACACGACCCAAUGAGAAAGGAGAGUAUGAGGUGGCAGAGGGAAUUGGUUCUACUGUGUUUAGAGCUAUUCUGGAUUACUAUAAAACAGGAAUAAUCCGUUGUCCUGAUGGCAUAUCUAUUCCUGAACUGAGAGAAGCAUGUGACUAUCUUUGUAUCUCUUUUGAAUAUAGUACUAUUAAAUGUAGAGAUCUCAGUGCCCUAAUGCAUGAGUUAUCAAAUGAUGGUGCUCGUAGACAAUUUGAAUUUUAUCUGGAAGAAAUGAUCCUCCCUCUCAUGGUAGCUAGUGCCCAGAGCGGGGAACGGGAAUGUCAUAUAGUGGUGCUUACAGAUGAUGAUGUGGUUGAUUGGGAUGAAGAAUAUCCACCACAGAUGGGAGAAGAAUAUUCACAAAUUAUUUAUAGCACAAAAUUAUAUAGAUUUUUCAAGUACAUUGAAAACAGAGAUGUGGCCAAGUCAGUUUUGAAGGAGAGGGGUCUUAAGAAGAUUAGAUUGGGAAUAGAAGGUUAUCCUACCUACAAAGAAAAAGUAAAGAAAAGACCUGGAGGCCGCCCAGAAGUGAUCUACAACUAUGUCCAAAGACCGUUUAUUCGAAUGUCCUGGGAGAAGGAAGAAGGAAAGAGCCGGCAUGUAGACUUUCAGUGUGUAAAGAGUAAAUCUAUCACCAACCUUGCAGCAGCUGCGGCAGACAUUCCCCAAGACCAGCUGGUAGUCAUGCACCCAACUCCACAAGUGGAUGAGCUGGAUAUUCUCCCUAUCCAUCCCCCUUCUGGCAACAGUGACCUUGAUCCUGAUGCACAGAAUCCAAUGCUGUGAUGCUGAUGUUCCUUGAAACCAUAGCAUGCUACUCUUCACAGUGAUGUUGUACUCUCCUCAUUCUGCACUGCAAGGUCACUCUUCUUCAUUGUGAGAUGCACAUAACAAUGUUUAGGAUAUUGCAGUGUAGGCUUUUUUAAAGACCAAAGGUAGCUGAGUGGUUUUUUUAAAUGAGUACAACUCUAUCAUCUUGAAGUUCCAAUUAUAUAAAUGUAUUUGUUUACCAGUAGGUUUGUGAAAUUGGUUCUUUGUAUGGGGGAUGGUCCUUUUUCACACAUCUAGGUCUUUUGAAAAGUGGUGGAAAUUGGCAGCUGGGGUACUUUCAGUUUGGAUUGAUAUUCAUCACACCCCAGAUAAAAUGCAGAUUAUAUAGUUGCACUUUAUAAAUGGUGGUUAAAUGGAAGUGGUUAAAUGGAAAUGUUCAAGCCAUUUUAUAGUUGUGAUGCACAAUAUAACUUAAGUAAGUGCUUCUGUCAAAGUAUUCCUCCAGUAAAAUUUGUGUAGUCUGCUGCCCUUGGUGAGCAGAAAGUAUUUAUCUUGGGAUUAUCUGAGUGAUCGGGAUGACAUUUAAUGCCCAUAAGUUCAGUUAUCUCCAGUGCCAUUUCACCCUUUAGAGUGAGUCACAUGCAGGGAGUAUGAACGUCAGAGGUGGUUUAUUAUCCAGUCUGCCUUACCCUUAAUCUGUUCACAGAUAUUUAUUUACUAAUGCUUUUUUUCUUAAGAGUUAUGGGAUAGGAAAAUGAAGUGUUUGCUGUUCAUUUACUAAAUGAUUGUAAACUCGAGUUUUUCAUCAAAAUAAAAUUCCAUUGUUUUAAUGUUUCUGACCAGA